AUGGCCGCUGGCCGGACCAGUAAUAAACGCAAAAGCCGCGAAGAGCAGGAUGCCGGAAAUGGUGCCUUUGAAAGCGCAGCCGGUCACUCAACGCCGAAACGACUCCGUCCAGGAAGUGGCGAGCAGCCAGGUCAGACAAUCCCUUCAUCCACGAGCCCCGUGGAGAACAACAGUGGCCCAGAAUCCAUUCAAGGCCAUCCGCCACCUCAGCCACCAACCAGCAUUCCACCGCCUUUGAGCCGAAUUGAGCGUAGGACUCGGCAAGAUGCCAUGCUGUCUGAUCUUGAGCUUGCCAAGCUUCCGAAAUUCAAACGCUUGAUUGGGGAAUCUUGGGAGGAUGUAAACAAACCCACAGAGGUGUUUAUGCUCGAAACUCAAUGGAUGAGAAUGUACACGCAAAUUGAGCAGACAGUUCAAGCUUACGUUCGAAGCUGGGGCCUUGACAGUCUUCACCCAAUCAUACUCGCGCCCCAAACUGCCUAUCCACGAAAGCCGAAUCAUCUGGUGAGCCUGAUUCUCUGUGGCGGUAUGACACACGUUGAAUGGCGGCGCGAAACAUUUCAGUCCCUUAGAGACAACAGAGCCAUCACUUAUUCCCUCUUCCUUCGGUCACUGCUCAUGUCUGCAGUAACCGACUGGUGUCUCCAUUCCCAAGUGGAAGAGGCCAAGGUCUACAAGAGCUACGGCGGAGGGGUGAUCCAGCAGGUGCUUGCAAGUUCCGUCGAGCCCAUUGUCGAAGCAAGACUGCGACAGAAGUUUCUUGAGGCCUACAUCGAGAAAGAGAUCAGACCGCAGAUACCAUCACAGGCAAAAGACACGGCGACCACGUUCCAAGGAUUUGUUGACCUACUAAUGCCUCGUCAAAAUACUCCAUUUGGCUUGCAAGCUAUUCGCAACGUCAAGGCUUGUCCGAGGACCGACCCAAUCCGUCCCGACAUGCCCAUCCGUGACUUUGCGCUUCUCGAAGAGUCAGUGCAUCGCAUCAACUUCAGGGAGGAUCUACGCAAUAUUUUUGAGACGGCUCUGCAAUGGCGCGCCGAGAGAGAUCAGACGAUGUUUGAGAUAUAUGAUUUCAGCUUUCCUGGCCUCGGAGAUGAAUACAUCGCGGAUCAGAUGGUGGAAGAAGUGGACAGCGAAGGGAACAAACGCGCCAGACCGGUCAUUCUCUGCCUCCUCCCGGUCCUAUUUCGAUCCGUUUCGAAAAGAUUACUCAGCGAUAUGGAGAUGUCGAAAAAGAUCGUCAAUGGGAUUGUGGUCUAG